AUGGUUAUCCAGCCCUCUGCGGCCUCUCUCGUCUAUUCGUUGGAUCGGUAUGCUCCACAGUAUGAGGUGCUAUUGCUGGCGGUAGACAUGGCACGUCAUCAUCACACUUACCAAUUACAUGAGGCUAGGAGCAGCAGAGAAUCUUCACCCGUUGCUAAACAGCAGAAACAGUCUUUUACCCAAAACUCUGAUGAUGAGACCCUCGUAGUCCCUGCACCAGUCGAAGCUAAUGCGGAUGCACUUUCCAGAGAUGGCACCCCAGCACCAUUGAUUCGCCAAGCAGUUGGAUUCUCAUGGCAGCCGUCCGUGCUGCCUAUCGCAACUGUCAACACCUACCAAGCUGUCCUCCCCUCAAAUACAAGUGCAUGCGAGACUUUGCGGGCCAGACCGUCGCAGAUAGACGUCGAGGCUGCUGCUGUUGCUCGCAUUCAUGCCUUGAAUCAACACUUACAGCCUCCGCACAAACCUCUCAUUCACCGUCGUGAGCCUCAAUGUCAACCCUCGCGAGCUUCCUUUCAACCCUCACAAGCCCUCAUCCGCCUUCACGAUACUUGCGCAAAACCUCACAAACCUCUCAUUCACCCUCGCGAGCCCUCCCUGUCCCUGACGACUGGUGCUGAUGCCCUUCAUUACCAACUCUGUUUGUUGGCGCGGGUGAGGGAAUGA